GUGUGUGUGUGUGUGUGUGUGUGUGUGUGUGUGUGUGUGUGUGUGUGUGUGUGUGUGCAGACAGAGCCUCCUCUCAACACUCCAGAGAACAGGGAGUACUUGGCUGAGAUCAUGUUUGAGACGUUCAACAUACCUGGCCUCUACAUCGCAGUACAGGCGGUGCUGGCGUUGGCGGCGUCCUGGACAUCCCGGCAGGUGGGACAGAGGACUCUGACCGGCAUCGUCAUUGACAGCGGAGACGGCGUCACACACGCCAUCCCCGUGGCUGAGGGCUACGUGAUUGGCAGCUGUAUAAAACACAUCCCCAUAGCAGGGCGGGACAUCACCUUCUUCAUCCAACAGCUUCUUAGAGACCGAGAGGUGGGGAUCCCACCGGAGCAGUCUCUGGAGACCGCCAAGGCCGUGAAGGAGCGAUACUGUUACAUCUGUCCGGACAUCGUGAAGGAGUUCACAAAGUAUGACUCUGACCCAGGAAAGUGGAUCAAACAGUACCGAGGAGUCAACGCCAUCAGUAAGACCGCCUUCCACAUUGACGUGGGCUACGAACGCUUCCUGGGCCCUGAGAUCUUCUUCCACCCCGAGUUUGCUAAUCCAGACUUCAUGCAGCCUAUCUCUGAUGUCGUUGAUGAGGUCAUCCAGAGCUGUCCAAUUGAUGUGCGCAGACCGCUCUACAAGGUAAUUCACAAGGGUGUAAUCGUUACAAACGCACGUGGUUGUUAUAUCCCUUCGUGUAUUUGUGUAAAAACCACUGUGAGUUUUGGAUGAGUUCUGAUAAGUUAGUUCAGUUGAGUCCAGUUCAGGGUCGUUGGUGGGUGGGGGCGUCGAGCUGGAGCCCCUCCCAGCUAGUACCGCGGUACAACACACCCUGUACAAGUUCAGGGUCAAAGUCUGUGCACCGUGUAACUUAUAUUAAAGUAUCUUCAUCUGUGUUGCAGAAGCCACCAGCCGAGGUUCUCAGACUGUCGACCUCUUUGUGUCUCUGACAGUCAGAAGUGAAAGACGAGCUGUUUGUGAUGCUUUGCAGGCAGCUGGAGCUGUUCAUACGUAAACUCACACGUGUGUCGGGACGUGUUUCUGGAGCUAGCUUACAGCUAGCAUUCGUAGUUCUAAAAACUCUUUGAGUAAGAGUGAAGACAUCAUUUUGUCUGAGACCUGCAGAGGGCAGUU